AUGACGAUGGUUGCAAAGUACAACGAGAAAAAACAACAUAAGAUUGGGUUUAGGUUUCAUCCUAGGGACCAUGUACUCAUCCGCUAUUAUCUCGAGCCUAAGGUUGCCAAAAUACCAAAAAAAAAGUUUGAGUUAGAAGACAAGACGGAUAUUUAUGCAAAAGAGCCGUGGCAGUUGACUCAUACAGAGACAGACUUGUUCGUACCUAACGAGUGGUGGGAAACUACGCACGAGCCGCAAGUCAAAGGAGAGACGUGCGAGGGAUGUUGGAAAACCCUUGGGAAGCUGAGAGAUGUCGUAUCAAAAGAUACACGUGAGGUGAUUGGGAAGAAGAGGAGUCUCAGUUUCUACGUCAAAGGUGAGAGCAAGUAG